AUGGGCCGGGAUCAGUGUGGAAAUUUAUUGGUCGUCGUGCUGGUGACGAUAACUACGACAACGUUGACAAAGAGGUUUACGGCGGAAGCCCAAGGCUAUCAGUACAACAGACCGAGCUUUGGAAGCGAUUUUGGCGAACGAGCGGGAACCGGGAGGCCGGUCUAUGGGCCACCCUCGGGCACAUACGGAGCGCCCGGCUCUGGUGUGGGAGGAUCUAGCGGAGGGCCUGGAUUCAGUCAAGGCUUCCAGGGCAGUGGUCGAGAAUUCAUGGGAGGUGGUUCUCCAGGUGCCAACGGAGCUGGCAGGUCGCGGCCCUACAGUUUCGAGUACGAGGUGAAGGACGCCGCCUCGGGCAAUGACUACGGCCAGAGGGAGAUGGGCGACGAGUUGGGCUCGGUGCAAGGAGAGUACCGCGUCCUGCUGCCAGACACCCGUACCCAGAUCGUUAGAUACAUGGCCGACGAUGCGAAUGGCUACGUGGCAGAUAUCCACUACGAGGGUGAGGCUCAGUUCCCGAGAUCCGGAGGCCCUGGUGGUUUUGCUGGCCAACUAGGUGGAUUCCAGCAGCAGCAGGGUCGAGUAGGAGGCGGCAGCAACGCUGGUUACAACAGUGGAGGCCCAAACGACGGAUUCGUCGGCAGCAACAAUCAAUACUUACCUCCGAGCGGUUCUUACGGCAAGUGA